AUGCGGGUGGGCGUACCGUUAGCAGCUGCAAGCACCGUCUCCGCCGUACUCCGCCGGCGAACACCCGCCGCUCCGAUCCUAUCCACGAAGAGCUCGAUGCCUUGGAAUUCCGCCUUCACCACAAUCAAAGAGAUGGUAUCCGUAGAGAAAGAGAUAAAGAAGAGCAAGUUCGUCGCAAUCGCGGGUCCCGUCUCCGGCGAGCAAUCGGCUCAACUGUUCCUCUCCCAGGUCCGGGAUCCUCGCGCUACGCACAAUUGCUGGGCUUACAAGGUUGGUGAUGAACAUCGAUGUAGCGAUGACGGUGAGCCAUCAGGAACCGCAGGAAAGCCGAUGCAGUCUGCAAUUUCGUCAUCUGGAUUAGACAGAGUUAUGGUUGUUGUCAUUAGGUAUUUUGGAGGAAUCAAACUCGGCACCGGAGGUCUUGUGAGAGCAUAUGGCGGCGUUACUUCUGAUUGCUUGAAAACCGCUCCUACUUGCCUCGUCAAAUCUAAAGUUCAAAUGGGAGUGGAGGUCACAUUUGAUCUUAUAGGCCUUGUUUACAAUCAGCUGCAAUCGUGCGGGGCUGAAGACAUCAAGGAAGACUAUGAUACUGGUAAAGAUGGUACCACCAUGGUUUCCUUCAAGGUUGAUUUUGACCAGGUCGAUAAACUAGAGGAUGCCGUCAAAUCAAACUGCAGACGAGACCUUGUCUUUUACAAGAGCGUUUAG